UACUCACUCUUUAAACCUGAUGAGGUUAUGUUUCCUCGGUCAGGUGACACCAGUUGCUAUGAAACACUGUCAUCAAGCAUGAGCUCCUCUGUACAGUCCAAUGAAUUAUUAAUACAACUACCACUUUGAAUACAGCAGGAACACUACAACAAAUGGAGAUGCUCGCUUUCUUUUGACCAGAGAGAAUCACGCUGCUAACUAUGUGCUCUUUAUUUGAUCACGGGUUGAUUAGGACCGUUGCAGUGGAGCAGGUGGUCGCACCAAUUUCCAGUCAUUUGUGCCAUUUGGUGCUGCUGUGUGACAGUGCAGAGGAACCUGAGCAGUUCAGCCACCUGGAGGAAGCAGCUCAGGCUGUGGCUAGAGCUACUGAGAACAUGGCAGCAGUGGCCUCCAGGCAUAUAAAUGAGACAGAGGAUGAGGUUUUGCACAUGGAGAUGUCAUCACUGUUGGAGUCCGUCACUGUGUCUGGACAGCAUGUGCUGCUGGCAGCCCAGAAACUCAGCAUCCAGCCAAGUUUGGCUGAACACAGAGAGGAACUCAUCGCCGCUACACAAAACGUCUUUCUGAGAUUAGUCAAAGUUCUGUUAGUGGGCGAUGACGCUACUGUCAGGAGAGUUGUAGCUGCUGCUGAUCGGGUAUUGGAGUGCCUCUCGGAGCUUGGCUCCUCUUCAGACAUCAAGUCUCUGCUCCGAUCGUUCCAGGUGUUUUCUGAGGCUCUGUGUCUCCUCAACAGUCUGACAGUGGAGAGGGCAAACUCCUUACAGGAUCCCACACAAACGAAACAGCUUCUUGAUUCAUUGGAGACCCUGAGGAGGUGCAUCUCCAUGCUGCACACGGCCAUGUGCACAACCAUCAAACACCCUACUAACGAGCAGGCACAGGCAUCGAAGAGAUACAUCCUGGACAAGGUGCAGAGCACAGUGAGUGACAUUAUUAUAACCCUGAAUAGCGAAUGCCAUGGAGGCUCACUGGGUCCUUUUGGGUAUUACACAGAGAGGAGGGCCAGUCUGCUGCAAAUACUUACUAGUUCCUCCAACUCCUCAAUCCGAAACAGUGGCUUUGACAGCAUGGUAAGAGAUCUUGUGUUUCACUGUAUGGUUGUAGCAAACUCUUCUCGUCCAGAGUUUCAGCAAAGAGUGGUGGGUCAUUGUCGUCACAUCCUGCAGUUCUGGUCUGACAUAAAGAGGAUUUUAAAGUCCUCAGAGGAUCUUGAUGAGGAAAGCCUUGAGAACACCUUUACUUUAUUGAUGCAACAAAUACAAAUGCUUGACAAAGCUUUGAUGACUACCAUUCUCUAUCAAGUCUUGGACACAUUUCUUACAGCAUCUUCUACAUUUGAGGAACUUUUAAGUGUGACGAGACAGAUCCUGGUAGCAGAUUCCUCUACAAAAAUGGAUCUGAACUUUAUUCAGCCACUAGUUGAGGAUUUCAUAUCUUCCACUGAUAGAAUAACACAAGUGGCAAAUUUUAUCUCAGCUGUGGCAGUUGAUGCAAAGAGUUUGGAGAACGUGGAGAACUCACGAGCAUGCCUUACAAGACUCAGAGCUCGGAUCGCACCUCUUUCACUGGAGCUGGCGGAUAAUUCAAUGCAAACCGUUCAAAAGCUUCACGAGGUUUGUCAGAAAUGGGAGGAGGACACUAGCCAGCUUCAGGAUGCUCUCAGUGAUGUGAUGGAUGUGAGGGAGUUCACCAGUAUUGCUAUUAAUGAGAUGGUCAGUGACCGGCAUGGAUGUGACACAGCGUACAGAGAACAGAGCUACAGACUGUUUAAUGAACAUGCAACAAACCUCAUUUGUCACAUGAAGCUGGUGAGUCAGUCAGUGAGGAGGCACUUGGACAGAAGUGAUAACCCCAUCUACAGGAAUGGCCUCCUGGUGCUGCUGAAACAGGUUCAGUCAUCUCAGACCAAAGUGGGCGAGUCCGUCAGAGACAUGCUUUCAGGUUCCUGUUUAAAUGUGGAGGUAUAUUCCAGCUUUUCAAACAAUGUUUCCACAGUCAUUCAGCAUUUUAAAGUGCUAAGAGAGGGACUGGACGGCCAACAGCAUCCACAGCUGCUGAGCCCGCUGCGAGAGGGGGCACGUCAGCCUGAAAUCUCACAGUUAUGUUUACCAGUGGAAGACACCUGUGAGCUGAACACGGAUCAUAUAAUGAGAGGCUCUGCUUCUCCUGUCUUGGAGCUUAUAGAGAGGCAUUCCCAAGCUGAACAUGAGGAAGAGCGCUCAGAUGAGGAAACCAUAGAAGCAGAGCUGGCUCAUAAAUAUGACAGUGAUGAUUUAAAGAUCCCAGCUGUCUCCGAUGCGCCCAAACUCAUCCAAAAGCCUCUUGAAUUCGACCUUUUACCCCUCUUGUAUGAAGUUGUGACUGUGACUAAAGAGAAAGAUGUGACGGCUCUCAACCAGGCCUGCACUGGUGUUCUGGAGCUGUCAAACUGUUUUGCUCAAGCUACAAAGGAGGCAUUGGCCAUCGUUGAUGUAGUUGACUGUCAAAAGUUGGAAGGUUUUAGAGCAGAGCUGGUGUCACUGACUCCACUGCUCGUCCAGACAGCUCAAGAGAUGGCGAUGAGCUCGGCAAUGAGCACAGAGAGCAUCUACAAACACAGCACACACUUUUCUGACCUUAUUAACAACAUCAGAAAGGUUUUACUGCCAGUAGCUGGAACCUGGUAUCAUGCUGUUUACACUGCGCUGCAAGGAAAUCUGCCGACAAUGGCAGCCACUGUUACACAGCAACUCAAUGAAGUGAUGAGUUUAUGUGCUGACACGGUCCAGCUCUUGACAUCGUCUGACUUAACAUCACGAAGUGACGGUCAAGAAACCUACAGCGGUUUACACAACAAACUGAACAAAGCCCAGAACAACACAAGGUAUCUGGUUGAGUUCUCCGCCUCACUGGAAGAACAGGUGGAUCAACUAGAGGCACUCUCUAUCCUAUGGGGUCUCUCCAUUCAGAUUUUGCUGAAUUCUCUUGAUAAGAUUUUGGGAACAUCAGCUGCAAUGAACCAGUUGAUACCUCAGAAACAGCUGUCAGUGUUGUCUGAGAACUCGCUUCGAAUCCAAGAGGCAGCAAGGAUCACCAGUCUAAAUUGUAGGAGUGCUUACAAAUCCAAACAGCUAACAGGAUACCAGGAUGAACUAAAAACACUGACUGAAGCUUACCUUAAAGCUGCAGAAGAGCUUGACAUAAUGCCAAGUGUGAUGCAACUUGCAAAAUCAGAAUUCUUUCAGAGACAUCUUUUGAUUAAAAUUCGAAUGCUCUCUGGUCAUCUAAGCAAAGCAAAUAAGGAUUAUGACACUGCACUUCAAAAUAUUGUCAACAUUGCUUAUUUUGCAGCUGAACACUUAAGGGAAAACAACACAGAAGAUGAAGAGCAAAAAUUUGAAAACGCAGCACAAACACUUUUUGAAAAUGUAAAAUCUGCAACCAAAAGAGUGGAGGAAUGUUUAAACUAUGUCCAUGACCCACGCGCCCGCUCUAAUCUGAGGUCUAUCAACGACCACUUGUCUUUUCAGAUUUCAGAUGUCAUCAGCAGGGCGAGGCUCAUGGUAGAGACUCAUUACGUUUGUGACACGCUCAGUCUGGAUGUACAGAUACAGUGCUGGUCAGCCAAAGCUCACUAUGUGGUGGAGGAGAUCAGAAGGCAAGAUGGGAUUCACCAAGAGGCUAAAGAGCACAUUAGAGCCGGUCUACAGGGACUAACAACUGAGGGUAUCAAAGAAGUGUUGGCUGCAAUCCCAUCUAAAGUCAAAGUCAAAGUUGAAUUUCCCUCUGACACAGCAAUGACAUCCUGUCAGAAAGACAAUACAGAGAGUGUAUAUGCUCCAGAAACAAGUAUGAACAUGGCAACUGUGGCCAAGUAUGGAACUGCAAACAUGGAAAAAGAUGAUGGUGCCGGUUCUGGUGCAUACCAAGCUUCUUCACUGACCUACACCUCCAUUUUUCUAAAACAAGAAAGUGACAGCUGGGAUCCCAAGGACAACAGAAUUGUGCAGGUGACCAGGAAGAUGGCUGACAAAAUAUUCUACAUGACUCAGUACUUGAAGAAGAAAGGCCCAAUACCAAAUAAAGAGGUAUUUGUCACUGCAGCCAAAGACGUGAUCUCAAACUGCCAGUCAGUGACUCAGUUUAUCAGAGUCAUUGCCAACCACUGCUUGGAUAAACAGUGUACGGUUGAACUGUCCCUCAUUGUUGAGCAGAUUCUCACCAUCACCAACCAGCUCAGCAUCAUCUCCAGUGUUAAUGCUGUAACACCUGGGUGCAAAUCAUCUGAUGAGAUCCUUGUGAAGAACGCACAGAAUCUACUCCAGACAGUCCUGCGUGGGGUCCAUGCUGCGGAGACAGCCUGCAUCACAGGUUUGAAGCAGCCUGAGCCAAACUCAGAUGGAGCAGAGGCUACAGCUCUGUGUUUCCAGUGGAAGAGGAACCUGGAGAUCCAUCGAGCCCAGCAGACCUCUAACCCAGAGACGGAUGAGCUGGGUUUGAGGAAGACCUCAUCUCACCCUGUAGCACCCAGUCUUGCCCCAUCAGUUACUGUACAAGAUGGCUACAAGUGACACAUGAAGUGUCUUGAGAAGUACGUCACCUUAAGACUGAUGGGAUUGUUUUUGCUUUCCAUGUGACAUACUAAUAAUGAUAUGAUGCCCAUAAACCCUUGCAGCACUUCCACAG